AAAUCGCUUUUGAUGGAAAUCGACACGGGAUCGGCAGUUUCUGUAGUUGGAAAAAAUUGUUACAAUAAAUUGUUCUCUAAUGUACAGAUUUUGAAAUGCGAUCGGAAGUUGGUAGUUGUUAAUGGUUCGCGCUUGAAUAUUUUUGGGGAGAUGAACGUGUGGGUGGAAAUUAAUGGAAUUAGAAAAACUGCGAGACUGGUUGUUCUGGAAACAGGAAACAAUUUUACUCCACUCAUUGGGCGAGACUGGAUGGAUCUCUUCUAUCCUAAUUGGAGGAGAAGCUUCGAAGAUGUACAGGCAAUUCGAAAGGUUAGCGUAACUGAAAGCGUAGAAAACAUAUUAAAUAAUUUAAAAAUUAGAUUCGCAAAAGUAUUUAAUAAAGAUUUUUCUGAACCCAUCUCAGGAUAUGAAGCAGAUUUGACCGUUAAGGAUUCUCAGCCCAUCUUUAAACGACCAUAUGAAGUACCAUACAAAAUUAGGGACAAGUUAUUGGAACAUUUGGAGUUGCUUGAGAAACAAAAGAUAUCGUUGGGUGGACACCUGUUAUCAGCACACAGAAAUCAAUUAAAACUUUUACCAAAUAAACGCCGCAGUUCGUUGGUUCUGAUGCCUUACACAAACCGCAAGCGUAGACGGAAUUCGCUAGAUGACGAGAAGGACUUUCCUGGAUUUCCUGAUGUUCCGCAUGUACCACAAGAUGACGUUAGGGAGGCGAAAACACGGAAGCUGUGCAUGGUUAAUCGGAGUCCAAUAGUGACCAGAAGAAGAAAUAAGAACAAAACAUGA